AGAUUACUUGCAGCGGAGCUGUCGGCGUUGAAAGCCACAUGGCUAUCUAAAGCCUCGACCGGGGCGUCAAAUACAGAUGACCACUAGCCCGGUUCUCGACAGUCUUUCACACUGUACUCUGUUUUUAUGGACUGGUAUGGUAGAAACCAUAUCUGAUCAGCUGUACUGCAGCUCGAUGGGCAUAUGCGUGUGGAUCCAACUUGUCCAGUGUCUUGAGAUUCAUUUCAGGGCGGACAGCUAAUGCAGGUCUCUGUCG